AUGACUACGUCAAAAACAAGCGGUACUAAAGUACAUGAACUGAAAAAAAAUGUAAUCACCUGGUCGCCUCUUGGAAUCCUAAGGUGUGGUGUGGGAGCGGUCGGAGGUGGAGGUGGAGGAGGUGAUGGUGCCAUGGCCUCGCGGCGCGUGACGCGCAAGUGGGAGGUGUUCGCGGGGCGCAAUCGCUUCUGGUGCGACGGGCGGCUGAUGACGGCUCCUCACCCCGGCGUGUUCGCGCUCACGCUGGCGCUCAUAUGCGGCACGUGCGCGCUGCACUUCGCCUUCGACUGUCCCUUCCUGGCCACGCACCUGUCGCCCGCCGUGCCGGCCGUGGGCGCGGCGCUGUUCGUGCUGACGCUGUCGGCGCUGCUGCGCACGGCGCUGUCGGACCCGGGCAUCAUCCCGCGCGCGGCCGCGGCCGAGGCCGCCGCGCUGGAGGCGGGCGAGGCGGCGGCCGUGGCGGGCGCGGGCCGGCCGCCGCCUCGCGCGCGGGAGGUGCUGGUGCGCGGCCGGCCCGUCAAGCUCAAGUACUGCUUCACGUGCAAGAUGUUCAGACCGCCGCGCGCGUCGCACUGCUCGCUGUGCGACAACUGCGUGGAGCGCUUCGACCACCACUGCCCGUGGGUGGGCAACUGCGUGGGCAAGCGUAACUACCGCUACUUCUACACGUUCGUGGUGUCGCUGUCGUUCCUGGCGGUGUUCGUGUUCGCGUGCGCGGUGACGCACCUGGCGCUGGAGACGCGCCGCGCGGGGCUGGCGGCGGCGCUGCGCAGCUCGCCCGCCUCCGCCGUCACCGCCGCCGUCUGCUUCCUGUCCGUGUGGUCCGUGCUGGGGCUGGCCGGCUUCCACACGUACCUCGCCUCCACCGAUCAGACGACCAACGAGGACAUCAAGGGCUCGUUCUCGACUCGGCGCGGCGUGUCCAACCCGAACCCGUACUCGCGCGGCAACGCCUGCGCCAACUGCUGGCACGUGCUGUGCGGCCCGCUGGCGCCCAGCCUCAUCGACCGGCGCGGAGUGUUCACGAUCGACGUGAGGGACGAGCUGCCGCCGAGCUUCGUGCGCGCGCUAGACGCCGCGCCCGUGACCGCGCAGGCGCCCCCGGCGCCGAGCCCGCCGCCCGCCUUCGGCCCUCCGCCCGCUUUCGGCCCGCCGGCUCCCUUCGGCCCGCCGAGCCACUCCGGCCCGCCCGAGCCACCGGAGCCGGCCGCGGCCGCCGCUUCGCUGCAGCUGUCCGCCUACGGCGGCAGCUACACCAACCUGUUCGAGGGGGGGGACGGCGUGCGCCACGCGUACAUGAACCGUUCGCUGGACCUGGAGGCGCCCGCUCCGCCCGCGCUGAGCGCGUCGCGCCUGCGCCUGCUGCACGACACGACCAUGAUCGACGCCGCGCUCGACCUGGACGAGCCCGAGCCGCCGCCGCACCUGGCGCACGCGCCUCCCCCCCACCUGCCCCACGCGCCCCCCUCCCGCGCGCUGGCCGUGCUCUGA